AUGUCGGUUAUUUUAAAGCUGGUAAUUUUACCAGCUCUUUUAACGGUAGUUAAAUCAGAUUUUUCGUUUGAUGUUGAGGAGCCAGUUUUCUUCAACAGUGUUGAUGAGGAAAUUUACAGGUUACCCGAAGACUUAGAUCCUAUACAUUUCAAUGUAGAAAUUACACCGUAUUUUGAAGCGGAAGGCAAUAACGAAGCAUUUACUUUUGAUGGCAUUGUGACUAUUACCGUGAAGGCACUGAGAAACAACCUAGCAUCAUUAAUAGUACAUGAAAAUGUAAGGGAAAUAAGAGCUAUUACUAUAACCGACAGUGAAGGGCACCUAAUGUUUUUAGAUGCUAUGGUUCCAUUUGAAAGACUUAGAGAGUAUCAUUUUCUGAAAAUAAAUUUGAGGCAGGGAACGACUCUGACCUUGAAUGAGACUUAUACAAUAACUAUAGACUAUGUUGGAAACAUCAAUGAGACUCCUCUCUCCAGAGGAGUUUUUAGAGGCAGUUACGUUGGUAAUGACGGAAAGAGGCAUUGGUAUGCGGCUACUCAUUUACAACCAACAAAUUCUAGGCAAGCAUUCCCAUGCUUUGACGAGCCUGGAUUUAAAUCGACAUUUGAUAUUAUUAUUAACCGCCCUGUACACUUCAUCGAAACAUACGCUAAUAUGCCUAUUAAAAAUCAACAAGUCAUUGGUAACCGCGUCAAAGAAGUAUUUCACACCACACCAAGGAUGUCUGCAUACUUGAUAUCUUUUCAUAUAAGUGAAGAGUUUGAGGUGAUCGCUAGCAAUAAUAAUAAUACUCAUCCUUAUCGAAUCAUAGCGAGGCCGAAUGCAGCUGAUCAAGGUGCUUAUGCGUUAGAAGUGGGCCCUCCGUUAACUGCUUGGUUUUCUGAGUACUUGGGCAUUGACUAUUAUGAAAUGGACAGCAACCUGAAGAACGAUCAAUUGGCAUCUCCAGAUUGGGCUUCUGGAGCCACCGAAAAUUGGGGCCUUGUCUCGUAUAGGGAAUUACGUCUUUUAUACCAACCAGGAGAAACAAAUGAGUUUGACAAAUUUUACAUUGCGACCAUAACAUCGCAUGAAUUGGCUCAUAAGUGGUUUGGUAAUUUGAUAACAUGUAGAUGGUGGGAUAACGUCUGGAUUAACGAAGGAUUCGCAAGUUAUUUCGAAUAUUUUGCUACUCAUGAAGUAUAUAAGGCUCUUGAAGUAGGCGACCAGUUUAAUAUUCUAUCCCUGCAAAGUGCUUUAUCAACAGAUUCUGCAGUAAACACCAGGGCUUUAGAACACACCGUGAACACACCAGCGCAAGUAACGGGUCAUUUUACGGGAAUCAGCUACACAAAGGGUGCUUCUUUACUGGUCAUGUUAAAGUAUUUAAUGGGGGAAAGUACAUUCCAGAAAGCCCUCAAUUACUUCUUAGUAGAUAGGUCUUAUGAGCAUGCAUUUCCCGUGGAUCUUUACAAUAACUUCGCUAGAGCAGUAGCUGAGGACGGUCGAAAUUUGGACAUUGCUGCUAUUUUCCGGUACUGGGUAGAAGAAAGAGGUUACCCUGUGAUUAAUGUCAAUGUUAACAUGGAGACUGGACUAAUAGACAUUAAUCAGGAACGAUUCUUCAUCAGUCCUUCAGCGGCACAAACUCAACAGGUUUGGCCUAUACCAUUGACAUACACAACGGGUAACAACCCAGACUGGGAGAAUUUUUCGACAUCCCACGUCAUGAUGGGCCGAACCUAUCAGAUACAAAAAGCUCCAGGGCACGAAUGGGUAAUAUUCAAUAUUCAACAAAAAGGAAUCUAUAGGGUCAAUUAUGACACCCAUACGUGGGAAAUGAUAGCUGAUGCGCUUCAAACGAAUCAUACCAGAAUUCAUCAUUUAAACAGAGCACAGAUCGUAGAUGACGUAUUUGCAUUAAUGCGCUCUGAAAGAAUGAGUUAUGAUCUCGGAUUCCACGUUUUGGACUUCCUUAAAAAGGAUACUAGCUACUACUCCUGGUAUCCAGCUAUCAACGGUUUCUCUUGGCUAAGAAAUAGGUUCCGACAUAUGCCUGACGCCCUGAGAGAGUUUGAUGAAAUUCUACAUGGAUUUAUGCGCAAUGUUAUUGCCGAUGUGCAAUAUGACGUAAGGGAAGGAGAACCCAUUAGCAGAACUCUAAAUCGAUUCUUCUUACUCCAAUUCGCAUGUGAAACCGGUCAUGAAGGCUGCAUUCAUGAUGCCAUAUCUAAAUUCAACGCUUUGAGAAACAAUCGAAUCAGCGUGAAUCCCAAUUUGAGAAGACACGUGUUCUGCCAAGGACUUCUCAAUGGAAACUAUAACGACUGGCAGUUCUUGCAUCAACUUCGUUCCGCGUCUAACAAUCAAGCAGCUGAGGUCGCUAUGCUAAGAGCCCUCGGAUGCACUAGCGAUAACCAAGCUGUGCAACAAUAUUUACAAAUGGUGCUAAGUGAACACGAAGUAAAAGCACAAGAUAGUAUAAAUGCCAUGAAUUGGCUUUACAUGGGCCAUCGGCCUAAUGCUAGAACUGCAUUGGAGUUCAUAAAAGCCCGGGUUGAGGAAUUCAGAAGGAAGGUUGUUUUACCAGCUUGGUUCGAGAACCUACUCAGUAAUUUAGCCGCUUACUUGGAUGAAGAGGGACUUAAUGACAUGGAACAAUGGUUGCGUGGAAACCAGGCCACGGUGCCUGGUUACAAUGCCGGUUUGAAUGCUAUAGCUUCGGCGAGAGCCAACAUUCAAUGGGGAACAGAAAGAGCAUCCAUGAUAUUGCGUGCCGCAAGAGGAACUGCUACAACAUUCGUCCCAGCUUCUAUGCUGGUAAUGCUAUCCUUAGCAUUAUUGUUAAGAUAA